CCUGCCCAUCCGUUAAGUCUCCCUUCCCCUGCCUUUCGCAACAACCCUGUGAGGCUAACUUUCCACAAUGGCGCAAACCCUCGAUUUGGUGCCGUGGCCUCAGGAUGCUUCCCCCGUCUAUGCUGCCCCAGCGAUUCUAAUCCCGUUGGAGCCCAGAAAAACUAUGUUGGCAGGAGUGAAGAGCAGCCUGUAUCACCCAUUCCUGCCAACGCUGCGACGAAUGGAUAUGGAUACCGUCGCCCACAAGCUUACAGAUGAACACUCUAGGACGUUAACUGCCUGCUCCAAAGAGGACUUUGACAAUGCAACAUUCACCCUGGCUGGAGUGCCCAACCAGCGUCUCCCAUCUCUGGGGAUGACGGAGCUGGGCAAAAAGCUGACUGAGAAGUACAGAGCAGGAAAGAUGGCUCCUCUCAUGCCCAGCACGAAUGGGGAAGAGUGGCCCAGCUACACGCGAGCCAUGUCGGACUGGUCCCGCUUUGUCUCUACUGCUGGAGAAUUCAAACUACCCACUUUUGGAAAAAAAGUUCUUGGAUUCAGCUGUUAUGCUUUGAGAUACUUAAAACCCGAUGUCACCCAGACCUGGCGGUACUGCCUCAAUCAGAAUCCCAGCCUGGAUAUGUAUGGACCGAAGCCAAUCCCCUACAACACCUUAAAUACUUUCAGGAGUUUUGGAUCUGCACACAGCCGUUCCCACUACCUCCAGCCCUGGCGCUAGGAAGCGACUUUUUCAGAGCCAAGCAAAUCUUCUUGUGCUGCAUUUGAACAUCAACAAAAAGAAUAAAAAGUGCAUUAGCUGCCUCAGCAAAGGAAGCUGAAGAUAAGGCCACUAAAAUAGGCAUUGAAAGUGGGGGAGGGGGAGAUGACAGGGUGUUCCCGGCCAUCUUUGCACCUCCGUGCAGUGGCAGGCAGCCUCAGCACUAGAACAGGCAACUAACAAGUUAAAGCCAGCACUGACUCAAUUGAUGCACUGGUUCAUACAUAGUGGAGCUCAGCAUCUUGGGGUAAACGUCAGAUUUUG